UGUCGCUUUAGCUUUUCUACGUCGUUUUUAAUCUCAUGGCAAUUCAUAGCUAAUUAACUCGUUACUUACACCGAUGCAAGAGCAUACUGAGACCGCGCGCUUGGAAGCAGAGGAUAAUAGGCUCCCAGUCAAAAUUGCCAUCUACGCAAGUAUGGCUGCCAACCUUGGGCUUUGCGUCCUGCAGUUAUACGCUGCCAUAUCGUCCGGAUCCUUUUCUCUAUUAGCCACUGGUAUCGAUUCGAUAUUCGACAUUGGAAGCAAUGUUCUACUUUGGUAUCUCCACCGCAAAGCCACACGAUUAGACGUCAACAAGUGGCCCGUCGGCGGUGCAAGAUUGGAAAAUAUUGGGAAUAUUGUGUAUGGAUUCCUCAUGGGCGCUGUCAACCUUGUCGUUAUGGUCGAAUCCGUGCGAGACCUCGUCACCCACAAUUCCAACAGUGACACGAAUACUUUCCAUCUACCGUCGAUUAUUGCUGUUGCUGCCGCGCUAGGUGUUAAGGUGUUAUUGUUCUUCUACUGCCUUUCAAUCCGGAAGAGAUCCAGUCAAGUACAUGUACUAUGGGAAGACCACCGGAACGACAUAUUCCUCAAUGGAUUUGGUGUUCUCAUGUCCGCAGGAGGUAGCAAGCUUCGUUGGUGGCUCGAUCCCACCGGCGCCGUCAUAAUCGGAGUAGGCAUUCUUCUCACGUGGGGCCGCACCGUCUACCGCGAGUUCGAGCUCUUAGCAGGGAAAUCAGCUCCGAACGACUUUUUAAAGCUGUUGACCUAUAACGCGAUGACAUUUAGCGAGGAUAUCGAGAAGGUGGACACUGUCAGGGCAUAUCAUAGCGGCUCUCAAUACUUCGUUGAAGUUGAUAUCGUCAUGAAUUCCAAUACACCAUUAUGGAAAGCCCACGAUGCGAGUCAAUUGUUACAAGACCUUAUAGAAGCUUUGCCCAAUGUUGAGAGGGCUUUCGUCCAUGUGGAUCAUGAAGCUACUCAUACACCUGAACAUAGAAAGGUUGUCUAUGGAUGACAACUGGAUCAACCCGAAUCGGACUCAAAGAAGAAGACAAUUCAGAUAUUGUUGACAGGUCGCUGUCCUUUCCUCGGCCAGUAGACAAUCCUGCGAUUUGAACUGCGCGAACUACCAUACUAACCCGAAUCCUUAUCAUUGAACAUUGGGUCUUUGGAUAGGAAUACCAAUCUAUAAUAUAUGUACUCUCCUACUUACAUACGGCGUGGGUGCUCAAGAAUCACAUUUGCUUGCUCAGUCUGUUUACCUGCUGCUACUGCACUGAGCUUCCGGCCUGUCGGAAGUCGUGCUUGCCGUGUCACUGAUAAUUGUCGUUUGACUCGCACGUAGAUCCUGAGCCGACUCUGUAUUGGACAAU